GUGGAAACUGGUUUAUGCAAUUAUCUAGGGAAAUAUAUGAAAACUGGUAUAAUGACUUGCUAUAAAGACUGGUAUAUGACUUGGUUAGAAGUUCACAAUGGUCAAACCCCAACCUACACCAAAAAGACCCAAAUCCCCUCAACCUUCAGAUGAGCUAUAUCCCACUAUCCUUUGCGAUGGGCUGACAAGUGGAUCCAAGAUGGCGUAGAAAGUAAAGCUAGACAUUCUGUCCCUGAGUCAUGGCGGACAGGAGAGCGGAGAAGUCAUGUGAAGAAGCCAGCGGAUCGUUAGCCAGGCGGGAGUACGAGGUGGCGGUGAGCCACUGCACAGAUGCGCUGCUGGCCCUCGGCCCCCCGGCCCUUCCCAGCCCUGGUACCCCCGCAUCCAACCCCCCCAACGACACGGUUACCCCCCUCCGCAGCCGCGCCCUGCUCUACAGGAUAGCCGCCCUGCUACAGCUGAAAAACUAUGAUCAAGCAGAUGAAGACUGCAAACAUGUUCUGGCCGAGGAGCUGGCCAAGGGAGACGGGUCGUUUCAGGCCAGCCUGCGCUGCAUGCUGCUGGACGGCAGCCUGCACGAAGUGGCUGGCCUCCUCUCCAAGUCCCUGUUUGGGGAGCCUCUGAACGGCAUCGUCACAAAGGACUUAACUAGAUUAAAAAUGCUUCUCUCAGAAAUUGAAGCCAUUCGUGGCGAAAUGGCUCCAGAAUAUACAGACGACAACGAGGAAGUUAUGUCCUUGUGGUCAAAAGUACGGGAUGGAUGGCAGUUUCGCCCCCCGCCUAGAGGAGUUACCAGCAGUGAGGAGUACACGCUGUGUAAAAGGUUCGUGGAGCAGGGCCUGUGUCGCUACGGUGCCCAGUGCACGUCGGCCCACUCCCAGGAGGAGCUGAUGGAGUGGCAGAAACGCUACGCCUCGCGCCUCAUCCGCCUCAAGCAGCAGCAGGAGAGCAAGCACUUCACCGAGAACUACAUGGAGGCGCUCAUCGAGAAGUGGAUGAACUCUCUCUCCCCUGAGAAAGUGCUGAGUGACUAUUUGGACGGCGUCAACGUGGAACACAGCUCCAACCUCUCCGUAACGGUCACCACCAAGAAAUCAGCUCACUCCUGGACCUUCUCCCUGUUCUGCAAGCCUGUGAGGAAGCUGUACCGCAUCGCCCUGCUCUAUGACGCCCACCGGCCCCACUUCUCCAUCACGGCCGUGUCGGUUGGCGAUGCCGGCGCCCAGCGGCUGCAGGCGGCGGCCGAGGGCUGCCAAGAGUGGACAGCGGGCGAGGAGGCGCUGGCGGCCGACAACGGCAUGGACCACUGCGUCUACACGGUGGUGGUGGGCUUCAGCACCGAAAUCUUCGGCACCUUCCGCCAGACCAUCGUCUUCGACUUUGGCUCGGAGCCCGUGCUGAUGCAGCGCAUCAUGGUGGACGCUGCCUCCAUAGAAGACCUGGAGCACCUAAUGCAAGCCAGGCAGCAGCUCCUGAUGACGGCCAAGCGCUGGGACCCGUCCUGCAAGACCAUCGUGGAGUUCAGCCCCAACGAGACUGUGGACCUGGACCGCAGCCUGCUGGCCCGCUACCAGAUCCCCCUGUCGGCCGACCAGCUCUUCACCCAGUCGGUCCUGGACAAGACCCUGACCCGGGACAACUACCAGGCCCGCCUGCACGACCUGCUCUACAUCGAGGAGAUCGCCCAGUACAAAGAAGUCAGCAAGUUCAACAUCAAAGUCAACCUCCAGCUGGUCACCAGCUUCAUGCUGACGGGCAUCUCGGGUGGCGCCAAGUACGCCCAGAACGGACAGCUCUUUGCCCGCUUCAAGCUGACUGAGACGCUGUCGGAGGACACGCUGGCGGGCCGACUUGUCAUGACCAAGGUGAACUCUGUCUUGCUGUUGCCCCUGGCCCGCCAGGAGUGGUGCAGCCAGCCCCCUGGGGUCAAGGAGCGUGUCUAUGAGGCCUGCAUCGAAGAGAAGACCAAGGACUACAUUUUCCUGCGGAUAUGCAAGGACUGCUGCGAGGAGCUGGGGUUGAUACCUGAUAGGGAACUGCAGGUGGAGCUGCAGUUUCAGUUGAACCGCCUGCCCCUGUGUGAGAUGCACUAUGCUCUGGACCGCAUCAAAGACAACGGCAUCCUGUUCCCAGACGCCAGCCUUACACCCACCAUCCCCUGGAGCCCCAACAGGCAGUGGGACGAGCAGCUGGACCCGCGUCUCAACGCCAAGCAGAAGGAGGCCAUCCUGGCCAUCACCACGCCUCUCACCAUCCCCCUGCCCCCUGUGCUCAUCAUCGGGCCCUACGGCACAGGCAAGACCUUCACCCUGGCACAGGCCGUCAAGCACAUCCUCAGGCAGGACGACAGCAGGGUCCUCAUUUGCACCCAUUCCAACAGUGCAGCUGACCUGUACAUAAAGGACUACCUUCAUCCAUACGUAGAAGCGGGCAACGCGCAUGCAAGACCUCUCAGGGUAUACUUCAGGAACCGCUGGGUGAAGACUGUCCACCCGUUGGUGCAGCAGUACUGCUUGAUCUCUAACACACAGUACACUUUCCAGAUGCCUGAGAGGGAGGACAUCCUCAGGCACCGCGUGGUGGUGGUCACCCUCAGCACCUCCCAGUACCUCUGCCAGCUGGACCUGGAGCCAGGGCUUUUCUCCCACAUCCUAUUGGACGAGGCGGCCCAGGCCAUGGAGUGUGAGACCAUCAUGCCUUUCGCGCUGGCCAGCAAAAGCACCCGCAUCGUGUUGGCUGGAGACCACAUGCAGCUCAGUCCGUUUGUGUACAGCGAGUUUUCUCGAGAGCGGAACCUGCAUGUGUCGCUGUUGGACCGGCUGUACGAGCACUACCCAGCCGAGUUUCCCUGCCGCAUCCUGCUCUGUGAAAACUACCGCUCCCACGAAGCUAUCAUCAGUUACACGUCAGAACUGUUCUACGACGGGAAGCUGAUGGCCAGCGGGAAGCAGCCGUCUCACAAGGACUUCUACCCGCUGACCUUCUUCACGGCGCGCGGCGAGGACGUCCAGGAGAAGAACAGCACGGCCUACUACAACAACGCAGAGGUGUUUGAGAUCGUGGAGCGGGUGGAAGAGAUGCGCAAGAAGUGGCCGGUGGCGUGGGGCAAGCUGGACGAGGGCAGCAUCGGUGUGGUGUCGCCCUACGCCGACCAGGUAUUCCGCAUCCGCGCCGAGCUCCGAAAGAAGAGGAUGCACGAGGUCAGCGUGGAGAGGGUGCUCAACGUCCAAGGUAAGCAGUUCCGGGUGCUCUUCCUGAGCACAGUGCGCACGCGGCACACCUGCAAGCACAAACAGACGGCCAUCAAGCGCAAGGAGCAGCUGGUGGAGGACUCGACAGAGGACCUGGACUACGGCUUCCUGUCCAACUACAAGCUGCUCAACACGGCCAUCACUCGCGCCCAGUCUCUGGUGGCCGUGGUGGGAGACCCCAUAGCGCUCUGCUCGGUGGGCCGCUGCAGAAAGUUCUGGGAGAAGUUCAUCUCCAUCUGCCACGAGAACGCCAGCCUGCACGGCAUCACCUUUGAGCAGAUCAAGGCCCAGCUGGAGGCCCUUGAGCUCAAGAAGACCUACGUGCUCAACCCGCUGGCGCCCGAGUUCAUCCCCCGCGCCCUGCGUCCCCAGCCGGCCCAGCACCCCCAUCAUCACCAACACCAUCACCAACACCCACACCCCCAGGGACACACGGCCAGCAAGCAGCCCGGGCCCCAGCAGCAGCAACAGCGGUCUCCUCCAAAGGGGAAAGGUCAACAUGCGAACCACACGGAGCACUUCCCACCUGAAGGAUUUGUUCAACCCAACCCUGCGGUGUUGAUGGGCAACCCCAUCCGGGCGUUCACGCCGCCACUGGGGGGCACCCCUGGCGGCAUGGGCAAGUCCCCCAGUCCCGUGCAGAGGAUAGACCCCCACACGGGCGCCAGCAUACUUUACGUGCCCGCCGUCUACGGGGGCAACAUGGUCAUGUCCAUGCCACUGCCCUCUGUCCCCAUCCAGUUGCCGUGGCCCGGCUACCAGAACCGCUUUGCCAUGGACCCACGCAUCAUGAGCCACCAGGCGGCCAUGGCCUACAACCUGAACCUCUUGCAGGCCCAGAACCGGGGCUCGCCCAUCCCAUACGGCGGAGUCGCACACCCUUCCCCCUUGGGCAUGGGCCAGCAGACUAGUCCCGACAAGGAGCUUCAGGCUGAUUCCACCAGAAACGGUAAAAUGGAUGGGUGUGCAAAGUCCGAGCAGAUUCGGCUACAGACACCAGAGAGGAAGACCUCGGAGAUGAAGGACAAACCGGGAGAGUGUGAUCCGGGCGGUGGCCGGAGUCUGGACUCUCAGACAGACGGACUGGGCUUCCCCAAUGCCAUGCUCCACCGCAAGGACAACUCAAGCCAAAGACCCCUCAACUACCACCUGGCGCCCCCCAACCCGGCCUUUGCCCCCCAUCCCGUGGGCCGGGCCUUCCCCCCACAGUACCCCGGCGUGUCCAGGCUCCCCUUUAGGGUGCCGUCCCAGCCUAACCAGCAUCACUCGGCCCAGCUAUCACCAGCCUACGACAGCGGCAGGCACAACCCCUCCUUCUUUGGUGGGGUCAUGGCCUCCCACAGAGUUGUUCCAGAGACUGAAGAGGAGGGGCCGGAGGAGAUGGGGAAUUCCAUGAGGUCCCAGAUGGGCCACCAAGGGGGGCACCACCCGGCCCUGUCGCAGCCCAGCCGAGUUAACAGCUUCGGGGAGGAGAACCAGGAAGGAGGCCUGGGAGAUGGGAUGGACCCCCUAGCUCUGGAGGCCCUGAGCCAGCAGGCGCGGCUGGGCCAGUGGGGUGAGCCCGGGCCCUUCCUCCAGGGCGGUGUGGCCUUCCCUCUGCCCCAGCAGCUGGCCCAUCUGGCCCAGCCCGGCCUAGCCCGCUUCCCCCCUCAGCUGCUGGCACGGGCCAACUGGAGGAUGAGCGCCGGUAUGGAGGACGAGGCUGGCGGACCGCCUUUCACCAGGUUCCCAGGCCUACUGCGAGAGAUGCCCCCCCAGGAUCAGCCCGAUCCCAGGGACCUGGCAGAGAUGCAGCCCCCUCCCCAGUCCCGCCUGCUCCAAUACCGCCAGGUCCAGUCCCGUUCCCCAGGAGACCCCUCAUCCCCCUCGUCUGCAACCUCCAACCACACUGGCCCCUUCCCCCCUGGCCCCUAUCCUGGCCGAGACCCCACCAGCCACGAGCUGGACCUCCUCAAUAACCCGGGUCUCCAGCAGCACCCGGGGAACCAGCUCUACAACCCCAAUGCCUACCCCCACCAGCUGGGCCACUCUACUACCCCGCCCCCGCAGGUCAAGUACCUCCUCCAGGAGGCCCAGUGGCCUCACGGCGGAGCUGGUGUUGCUCAGAACCACAUGCUGGCCCAGGGCCAGGGCUUCCCCUACGGGCUGCCCAUCAUGGCCCACCCCAGUAGACAGGAGCAGGUCCACCUCAUGCAGCUCCACCACCAGCAGCAGCAGCAGCACCACCAGCAGCAGCAGCAACAGCAGCAGCAGCAGCAGGGUCAAGGCCCAGGCCAGGAGCCCUACCACCCUCUCUCCCCCAGAACAACAGGUGCCACCGCCCUUCACAAUGUAGAAGAGUAUGAACCCAGGGGUCCCGGGCGGCCCCUCUACCAGCGGCGGAUCUCCUCCAGCUACCCAGACGAGGGAUCCCCCGCCAACGCCGCCGCCAUGACCCAGCAGCAGCCACAGCCCUGCCCAGGAGACCCCCAGGAGCACCCCCACCAACACCCUCACCCCCACCAACACACUCACCAACACCCCCACGCCCCCUACGGCUACCCCCCGCCCGAGCUGUGGCCCGGCAACGGGGGUGGCCCCGGCCCGUUCCAGAACAUUCCAUGCAACGGAGCCAGCACACUCGUUCAACACCAACACCGGGAUCUCCUAGUAGCUUCCAAGGCCCUGCGGCAGGCAGCAGAGGAGCAGAUGAAGGCUGAAGCAGCAGUAGCUGCGGCCCAGCCUCCCGCCCACUCCCUCCAGCACCUCGGACAGUUCCCCCCUCUCAUGCCCAACAGCAAGCAGCAGCCGCAGCAGCAGCAGCAAGCCCCCCCAGAGCCCGGCCAGGGCCCCGGGGGCCCCCAAAACCCUGGAAAACCCCCCACCAUGUCCUACGCCAGUGCCCUCCGCGCCCCACCAAAACCCAGAGCUCGUCCCGAACAGGUCAAAAAGCACAGCGACCCACUUUCCCUACUCCAAGAGCUCAGCAUAGGAAGUUCAAAUGGUAGCAACGGAUACUAUUCCUAUUUUAAAUGAGUUUCACCCCUGAGAAAUACCCCCUAGAAAAAUAUUAAAUAAAAAAAAAGGUAAAAUAUAAAGAAGAAAAAAAUAAGCUAAUAAUGGCAAUCCUUUUGUGAAAAAGACAAAAAAACAGCUUUUACAAAUUUGUUUCUAUUCGUUUUUGUUUCCCGCUUUUUGUUUUGUUUUAAACUUUUAUUUGUAACAGUCAAAUCUUUCUUCUGUUUCACAUAUCUGACAUAAAUUUUUUUUUAAAAUAUGUAAAACUUAAGUAUAUAUAAUGGAUGCAUUACUGGUAUAUACAUACACAUGAUGUAUAUAUGAAUAUAUACUUAUAUUAUGUACACUUAUAUAUGUAUGUAAUGCAAAAAAAACUUUUUAAAAAUGUACUAAAAUGAUUCUAAAAACAACAUUUGGUUGACCACUUGGCUGCCUGUCUGUUUUCCCUUAUUGAAGUUUUUUAUGUUGAAGGUUUCUUUGUUUUUUUUUAAAAUUUCGUUUUCAAAUUUUGUGUGGACUUUGUCUUGAUUUUCAUCAUAGUUGUGUUAACAGGGAAAAAGCUAAGUGGUCAACUAAUUUCAUAUAAAGUAUAUGGAACAUUGUAUAGAAGUAGAUACAUUUUCCUCUAAUCUGUACAUAUAAAGAAAAUAAAUGACUGAGUUGUAUGCAACAGACAUGUACCUAAAUUCCUGUAUCAUGUUAGCAUUUACAUUAGACUUCAUUUGGUUUGCUUUUCAUCCUCAACCUUAGACAUUCUCACCUGAAAAUCAUCUUCAGUGACAGAUUAGUGCAGUAAAUGGGAUUCUUACAUGCAUACAAACAUGCACAUGCAAACACACACCAUUCAGAAAAAAAACGAUUACUUUAUUAUACAUUUAUACAAAUGUGUUGGUUUGCACGUAAAUUCCUUUUUUCACUGGCCCUCUCCUCUCUUUUUUAAAAGAGAAAAAUAUAGGAUAGAUAAUGAUAAGCAUGCAAAGCCACAUCAAAGUGAGGUCUACUAUUGUUUGAUUCCAACUUGGAAAAACUAGUUUCAGAAAGAGCCAUGGUAUGCUUCCUCUGCCGUUUUUCAUCUGAGGCCCAAAGAUGGUUGUUCUCCUGUUGGGCGAAUGGCUUUCCCUUUAGUCUAGUCGGUUAACCACUGUCUUCGAUGUAGGCGUAUUGCGUGAUAAAAAUGAUGUGGAGAAACUUGAGACAAACUGCAUAAAUUGGUGGAUGGGUAAAACGUGAGUCAUAACUAAGGCUGCUGAGGGAAUCUGAAGGUAUAGAGAGGGAUCGCGGCCAAGUUGGAAAGAUUUGUUUCAUGUUGAGUGAGAUGUUGGGUCUACGUCAAUUGUCUCCUUGUUUUUCUUUGACCCACUUCAGAGCUUUAUGGUCAUUUUAGAAAGUCUGAAGAGAGAGAUCCUGUCACAAAAUUUCCCAACAUUCCCUGGUAUUUCUGAAAUCCCGGUUGGAGGUUUUCUGGAAUCAGCAAGGGAGUAAGCAACUAGGGAAUCGUCCUGACUUGGAAUUCUUCAACCAGGAUUUCUGAAAAACCUGGGAAUUUUGGGAACUUUGCAACCAUAGACUAUUUUUGUGCUUAUGUAGGACUUCGGCCCGAAAGAAAACCGGCUGGUUUAGACCAGUGCCAUCAGUUACUUUUUGGUUCUGUCCUAUCACCUGAGUUGUACUGGUACUGCAAUACCACAGUCUUUUUCGCCGAUAUUCCAUGUACUCUGUGUCAUCAGCGGACAUCACUUUUAGCUACCAACCUCUUGCUCUGAUUUAGAUAGAGUUACCUCAGUCAUCUAAGCAACUGUCUGUUUGCCCUGGCAAUUUGCCUGGAAAUUAGACAGGAAAAAAGAUUCCCCUUUUUUUUUUAUUUUGACGUCUCAAAAUGUUUCAAUUGUUAACAAAUAAAUGCAAUCAGUGUUGGUUAUUUUAGCCACAAAAGAGAGAUUGUUCACUGUUUGUAGGUCUUUUCUGACAUGCAUUCCAAUCAGUGAGGUAUUUUUAGGGUGACACACGUAUUUGUGAGUGAAAUCUAUUUGCAUUUUUGUAAAAUAAUUUGCAAACAACCAUCAAGCUGUCCAAUCUUUAUACAUUUGUAUUAGUGUGCACACUCAAAAAAUGAAUUGCCAGUAGCAUAAAAUUAUCAUGACAAUUAUUGACGAUUAUUAUAAAAUGCAAAUUUGUGACUGAUUUUUCUUUUGUGUAAUAGCCAUAGUUGUCACAUUUACUGGAAACCAUUUUCUCUCCAUCAAUCAUUUGUGUUGCACCCUUUUCUCCCCCAUCAAAUAUAUAUUUUUAAUUGGUUAAUGGUUUGUUUCAGUAUAUUGUAAUAAAAGACCCUUGGAUUCUAACUGGUACAUUUAUGUAACUAUUUUGUCAUUCUUUUUAAUGUAUGAGCCCGUCAAUCAGAAGUAUUUAAAAAAUAUAUAUAAUGUAGUCAAACAUGCUGUCAGCUAUUCAGGAAGCAAAUCUAGUCGGAAUUAAAAACAUCUCUUAAACAGUUGAAAUGAUCAUUAAAAACAUUUACGGGGACUUCAGUUUAUUUAAAUGUUUGGUCAUUAACUUUCCAAGGUCCAGAUUCAAGAGGUUGUGAAUUUUAGGUUCAUCACAACAAAAAACAUACUUGUAAAUAUGUGUUUUCUAGGUAUUUACAAACAAGGCUAAGGGAGCGCCUCAAUUUUGUAGAAGCUGUUUAAAAGAGGAGGUAUGCCCUUUUUAAUUAUGCAAAUUCACAAAAAUGGACAUGGACCGUGUUGGCAGUCACAGCAUCUUAUAGUAAUAACUUUUUAAAUUAAUUUUUAUAAGAUGGUGUCUGGCUGCUUUUACAAAGUUUAUUUGUUGCAGGCAUAUAAAACAUGUUAUUUUACUGUAGAAUACUUCAUUUUAAAAUCAAUGUUGCAGGAAUUAAUUGUCCUUGUUUCAGUUUCUUCGCUAAAUCAGUUUAAAAAAUCUAUUUUAAUUUCAGGGGUGCUUUGUGGUUCGACAAUUAUUUUUUCACGUAAGACUACAUUCAUUCUGUGCAUGCCAAGAUGACAAGGCUUGUUUAUAUCCCCGGUUUUAUCAAAUAGUUUAUUGAUUUGUGCAACAAUAACAAUGUCAUGUUUUUGUUCUCUCCCUACAAAGUAACAUUUUGGUAUAUUGUUUGAUGUGUACAAUGACUUGUGACGACAUGAACAAAAAAGUAUGAUAUUUUACUAACAUGUCAAUGAAUUAUGUAAUGCUCAUGUAAGAGUUGUUUUUCCUCCAAAUUAUUUUGCUGGGCGAAAGUUGCUCCCAGACAUACGGGGCACAUAUUAUAAGCUUUGAAAAUCUUUGCAAAGAAUUGGCUCUUAAAUUUGAAUCAGUUUUCCACAAAUUAGUUGUUGGUUAAUCUCUAAAUUGUGCAAUAUUUAUUCCUCACAAUUUCUGCAGUGUCUGACCUGUAUUUGUGUAAAAUCCAAACCAUAAGAGAUUGAGCCAUUCUGUGUUUGUUCUUAGUAAUCUUGUGCAAGAGUAAGUAAUAGGUCUGUGCUUGUGUCCGUACCGCGCCUUUUCAGGCCUUCAUUAUUGCAUACUCGCUAUCAAAAUCUCAAUUUUGUGCCGUGUCAUGACUCGUGACCUGCCUGACUUUGCAUCGAGACAGAAGCUUUUAAUUUGUUUGUCGUCAGAGUUUGAAUGUCAGCCUCUACCCGGUCGCAUAUCAUCGUGUGUAAGUGGCUUCCGAAAGUUCUUCGCUAUGCCUUCAUAAAACAACUAAAACAACCCUAACUUGAACAGACGGUUUUGUCUUGGGAGCAGCAUUUAGCCCAGCCAGUAGAGAGCACUGUGUUCAGCCUUUGUAAAACCACGUCUCCUGUUGUCAUCCAUUUUGUCUCCGGUCUCCUCUGUUUCUUCCCCUCCCACAGUAAAUCAAUGGCACACCUGUUAACUGUUACCCCCCACUGGACCCACACGAGUGGGCUACAUAAUGAUGAAUAUUUCCCUUUCACUCUUUUCAAUUCAAUUGGUGGUGGUCGUGAUAAAGGAUUUAGACUUUGUUUCAAAGGUUUUAUUUUCUUUUUUCUUUUUAAAAAUUUGUUUCUCUAUUAAAGUGUUUUUAUUGAA